GAGGUGGGGGAGGGGAAGAAGCAUUAAGGCAAAUCGAGUACUGUAUUAUCUUAGUAUUAUAGAGUGUAAAAGAAAGAAAGGAGAAGAGAAAUGGCUUCCUCAAUGCUAUCAACAGCAACUGUGGCUAGCCUCAACAGAGCCAGCCCUGCUCAAGCCAGCAUGGUUGCACCAUUCACUGGUCUCAAGUCCACCUCUGCUUUCCCAGUCACCCGCAAGACCAACACUGACAUCACCACUUUGGCUAACAAUGGCGGCAGAGUCCAGUGCAUGCAGGUAUGGCCUCCACUUGGGAAGAAGAAGUUCGAGACUCUCUCAUACCUUCCUGACCUUACCCGUGAGCAAUUGGCUAAGGAAGUCGAAUACCUUCUCCGCAAGGGAUGGGUUCCUUGCCUAGAGUUCGAGUUGGAGCACGGAUUCGUGUACCGUGAAAACGCCAGGUCCCCAGGAUACUACGAUGGACGCUACUGGACCAUGUGGAAGCUGCCCAUGUUUGGCUGCAGUGACGCAGUUCAGGUGUUGAAGGAGCUCGAUGAAGCCAUUAAAGCUUACCCCAAUUCCUUCGUUAGGAUCAUCGGUUUCGACAAUGUCCGCCAAGUGCAAUGCAUCAGUUUCAUUGCCUACAAGCCCCCCAGCUUUAAAGAUGCUUAAAUCUGUUUUUCCUUUUCCACUUUGGGGGCAGGGAAAUGCAUGCAUUAAAUUUGUUGACAUGAUCCUUAUGGGGUUUUGUCGAACCAGGAUAUGUUCUUGAAAUAUUUUUGCUUUUUCUUUUUUUCUUUUGGUUACUCUGUGUCUUUCUUUCCUUUUUUUAUCGGAAUAUCUCUGAUGGAAAUGGAAUGAAAUGUUUAUCGGAUUGAACUUAAGAUUGUUGAACUUUUUGUUGUUGGUGUUGAAAUAUUAUAUUAUAAUACUAGUUUGUAA